UGGCAUAUUUGUAAAGCGUUUUACAUCCAUUGAAAUAUCAAAAGUAAUUGUUUUAUGAUUGUGCCUGCUUAAUCAGGCCACCUACUCCAAAAUCUUUGGUCCCUGCUUCAGGAAGAUAUUUCCAUUCUCAAGAACCAACAAAGAAUGUAAAGCACAAAUCUGAAAGAAAAAAUGGCAGUGGUCAUGCAAAAGCUGAAAGGCAAAGUGGCCAUAGUGACUGGUGGUGCCAGCGGAAUUGGGGAAGCUACAGUACGCCUUUUUGCUGAACAUGGCGCACGCGCCGUUGUCAUCGCCGACAUCCAAGAUGAAAAGGGCAGAGCCGUGGCGGAAUCCAUCCCUUUACAGGUUUGCAGCUACGUGCACUGCGACGUUAGUGAUGAAAAUCAAGUGAAAGGCCUGGUGGAUUGGACAGUCAAGAAAUACGGUCAGCUUGACAUCAUGUUCAGUAACGCAGGAACCGUAGGUAAUUCAGGUCAAAAGGUACUCGAUCUCGAUCUUUCUGAAUUCGACAGAGUGAUAAGAGUCAACGCAAGAGGCAUGGCUGCGUGUGUGAAGCACGCAGCACGAGCCAUGGUGGAGCAGGGGGGUAGAGGGAGCAUAAUUUGUACAGGCAGUGUUGGGGCAAGCAAGGGAGCAGCCUGGCGAACAGAUUAUACAAUGUCGAAACACGCCGUGCUGGGGCUAGUGACAUCAGCUUCAAGACAAUUGGGUAAGUACGGAAUAAGGGUGAAUAGUAUUUCACCAUCCGCCGUGAUGACACCAUUGAUGAGCAGCGCAGAGGCUGAAACAUCAAUGAAGGUUCUGAAAAUGUAUGGACCGCUGACUAGUUUGAAGGGUAUUACACUGACGGUGAAGCACUUGGCGGAUGCUGUUCUGUUUCUGGCUUCCGAUGAUUCUGCAUUUGUGAAUGGACAUGACUUGCUGGUGGACGGUGGAUUGCUCCAUCUUCCAGAUCCAAUGAGUUCGUUGUGAAACAGAAAGAACCAACAAAUUGGUGUUAUUUGAGUGUCUGGUCGUCUUCAGGAUAUAAUGUAGCAGCUCUUCUCUUUGGUGGUUUUCGAAUAAUAUUUACAAUUCAGCAAGCCAUAGGAUCUUCAUAACGUGUAUUUUGAAUUAUAAGAUUGAAUGUGUCUGACUUGGUAAUUAAGCGGCAGUGUGCUGACAAUGUAUUAUUAUCCAAAUUCCAGUGUUUCUGAUUA